UCGGGAAGGAGGAGCAGGGAGCCGGGCCCAGAGCUGUCACCCAGGGCUGGGAGGGAACACAGAGAGCCCGCCUUGCCUGCUGAGCUCCCCUUCCUGUCCUCUGAGUGCUGAGCCAUACCCCAGCUCCAGAGAGCUGGGGAAAGCCUGGUAGUCGAAUGCCCCUCUAGAACAGAGCUGGGCCUGUAGGUCUGGGGCCUCCCAGCUCCUCCUGCCGCUAGGAGCGCCCAGGCCGGAUGAGGCACCUCCCCACAGCGUGGGUCCCAGCAGCAGUGGCCUGAGGGAGCCCCUGAACAGGGAGGGCUCCGCCCCACCACCUUCCCUUUGGCUGACUCCCGCCUCAGGCGGCCCCCUCCCUGGCAUGCUGCUGGUACCCAAAGCUCAGGGGCUCGUGGAGAUGCUGCAGACCAUCUAUGAGACAGAAUCCUGUUUCUCAGCAGAUGGGAUGUCAGGCCGGGAACCGUCCUUGGAAAUCCUGCCUCGGACCCCUCUACACGGUAUCCCUGUGGCAGUGGAGGUGAAGCCGGUGCUGCCAGGAGCCAUGCCCAGCUCCAUGGGGGGCGGGGGUGGAGGCAGCCCCAGCCCUGUGGAGCUGCGGGGUGCUCUGGCAGGCCCUGUGGACCCCGCGUUGCGGGAGCAGCAACUGCAGCAGGAGCUCCUGGUGCUCAAGCAGCAGCAGCAGCUGCAGAAGCAGCUCCUGUUCGCUGAGUUCCAGAAACAGCACGACCACCUGACACGGCAGCAUGAGGUCCAGCUGCAGAAGCACCUCAAGCAGCAGCAGGAGAUGUUGGCAGCCAAGAGGCAGCAGGAGCUGGAGCAGCAGCGGCAGCGGGAACAGCAACGGCAGGAGGAGCUGGAGAAGCAGCGGCUGGAGCAGCAGCUGCUCGUCCUGCGAAACAAGGAGAAGAGCAAAGAGAGUGCCAUCGCCAGCACUGAGGUGAAGCUGAGGCUCCAGGAAUUCCUCCUGUCGAAGUCAAAGGAACCCACGCCAGGCGGCCUCAACCAUUCCCUCCCACAGCAUCCCAAAUGCUGGGGAGCCCACCAUGCUUCUUUGGACCAGAGUUCCCCUCCCCAGAGCGGUCCCCCUGGGACGCCUCCCUCCUACAAACUGCCUUUGCUUGGGCCCUACGACAGCCGUGAUGACUUCCCCCUCCGCAAAACAGCCUCUGAACCCAACUUGAAAGUGCGUUCGAGACUAAAGCAGAAGGUGGCCGAGCGGAGAAGCAGUCCCCUCCUGCGUCGCAAAGAUGGGACUGUCAUUAGCACCUUUAAGAAGAGAGCUGUGGAGAUCACAGGGGCUGGGCCUGGAGUGUCGUCCGUGUGUAACAGCGCGCCAGGUUCUGGCCCCAGCUCUCCCAACAGCUCCCACAGCACCAUCGCUGAGAAUGGCUUUACUGGCUCAGUCCCCAACAUCUCCACUGAGAUGCUCCCCCAGCACCGGGCCCUCCCUCUGGACAGCUCCCCCAACCAGUUCAGCCUCUACACGUCUCCCUCUCUGCCCAACAUCUCCCUAGGGCUGCAGGCCACGGUCACUGUCACCAACUCACACAUCACUGCCUCCCCGAAGCUGUCAUCGCAGCAGGAGGCCGAGAGGCAGGCCCUUCAGUCCCUGCGGCAGGGUGGCGCAUUGACGGGCAAGUUCAUGAGCACAUCCUCCAUCCCUGGCUGCCUGCUGGGCGUGGCACUAGAGGGCGACACGAGCCCCCAUGGGCAUGCCUCCCUGCUGCAGCAUGUGCUGCUGCUGGAGCAGGCCCGGCAGCAGAGUACCCUCAUUGCUGUGCCACUUCACGGGCAGUCCCCGCUGGUGACAGGUGAACGCGUGGCCACCAGCAUGCGGACAGUGGGCAAGCUCCCGCGGCACCGGCCCUUGAGCCGCACUCAGUCCUCGCCGCUACCCCAGAGUCCCCAGGCCCUGCAGCAGCUGGUCAUGCAGCAGCAGCACCAGCAGUUCCUGGAGAAGCAGAAGCAGCAGCAGCUGCAGCUGGGCAAGAUCCUCACUAAGACUGGGGAGCUGCCACGGCAGCCCACCACCCACCCUGAGGAGACAGAAGAGGAGCUGACGGAGCAGCAGGAGGCCUUGCUGGGGGAGGGAGCCUUGACCAUACCCCGAGAAGGGUCCACGGAGAGUGAGAGCACGCAGGAAGACCUGGAGGAGGAAGAGGAGGAGGAGGAAGAUGAGGAGGAGGAGGAGGAGGAGGACUGCAUCCAGGUCAAGGAUGAGGAGGGCGAGAGUGGCGCUGAGGAGGGGCCCGACUUGGAGGAGUCCAGUGCUGGUUACAAAAAGGUGUUCUCAGAUGUCCAGCAGCUGCAGCCGCUGCAGGUGUACCAGGCACCCCUCAGCCUGGCCACUGUGCCCCACCAGGCCCUGGGCCGCACCCAGUCCUCACCUGCUGCCCCUGGGGGCAUGAAGAGCCCCCCAGACCAGCCCACCAAGCACCUCUUCACCACAGGUGUGGUCUACGAUACCUUCAUGCUCAAGCACCAGUGCAUGUGUGGGAACACACAUGUGCACCCUGAGCACGCCGGCCGGAUUCAGAGCAUCUGGUCCAGGCUGCAGGAGACAGGCCUGCUUAGCAAGUGCGAGCGGAUCCGGGGUCGCAAAGCCACGUUGGAUGAGAUCCAGACUGUGCACUCCGAAUACCACACCCUGCUCUAUGGGACCAGCCCCCUCAACCGACAGAAGCUGGACAGCAAGAAGCUGCUCGGCCCCAUCAGCCAGAAGAUGUACGCCAUGCUGCCUUGUGGGGGCAUCGGGGUGGACAGUGACACCGUGUGGAACGAGAUGCACUCCUCCAGUGCUGUGCGCAUGGCGGUGGGCUGCCUGGUGGAGCUGGCUUUCAAGGUGGCGGCUGGAGAGCUCAAGAAUGGAUUUGCCAUCAUCCGACCCCCAGGACACCAUGCUGAGGAAUCCACAGCCAUGGGAUUCUGCUUCUUCAACUCUGUAGCCAUCACAACCAAGCUCCUGCAACAGAAGCUGAACGUGGGCAAGGUUCUCAUCGUAGACUGGGAUAUUCACCAUGGCAAUGGUACCCAGCAAGCGUUCUACAAUGACCCCUCUGUGCUCUACAUCUCCCUGCAUCGCUAUGACAAUGGGAACUUCUUUCCAGGCUCUGGGGCUCCUGAAGAGGUUGGCGGUGGGCCAGGCGUGGGGUACAAUGUGAACGUGGCAUGGACGGGAGGUGUGGACCCCCCCAUCGGAGACGUGGAGUACCUAACGGCCUUCAGGACAGUGGUGAUGCCCAUUGCCCACGAAUUCUCACCUGACGUGGUCCUAGUCUCUGCCGGGUUUGAUGCUGUUGAGGGACACCUGUCUCCGCUGGGUGGCUACUCUGUCACCGCCAGAUGUUUUGGCCACUUGACCAGGCAGCUGAUGACACUGGCAGGGGGCCGGGUGGUGCUGGCCCUGGAGGGAGGCCACGACUUGACCGCCAUCUGUGAUGCCUCUGAGGCCUGCGUCUCAGCUCUGCUCAGCGUGGAGCUGCAGCCCUUGGACGAGGCAAUCUUGCAGCAAAAGCCCAACAUCAAUGCAGUGGCCACACUAGAGAAAGUCAUCGAGAUCCAGAGCAAACACUGGAGCUGUGUGCAGAGGUUUGCCGCUGGUCUGGGCCGUUCCCUGCGGGAGGCCCAGGCAGGUGAGACAGAGGAGGCUGAGACUGUGAGCGCCAUGGCCUUGCUGUCGGUGGGGGCUGAGCAGGCCCAGGCUGCUGCAGCCCGGGAGCACAGCCCCAGGCCAGCAGAGGAGCCCAUGGAGCAGGAGCCUGCCCUGUGACGCCCUGGCCCCAAUUCCCUCUGGGCUACAUCAUUGUGAUUUUGUUUAUUUUUUCUAUUAAAAACAAAAAGUCACACAUUCAA